AUGGCCACAAUGUCGAAUGUUUGGUUGGCGUUGGCAACAGUGAUCCUUGCCACGAUGCACGGAAUACCAGCAACGGCAAACCGAGAACACAAGGUACACAACAUUGUGCUUUACCCGAACAAACAGUCCUGGUGUACGACGCGCAACAUAAGCCAGGUUAUAACGGAACCGGGCUGCAAGCAGGUUACGAUCGAUAACAAUGUGUGCGUGGGUGCUUGUUUCAGCUACUCGAUACCGCACACGGAACCGUCCGAUCCGGGCGAGAUUAUAGGACCGUAUUGCGACUCCUGUCAACCGUCGGACGUAUCGUACGUUUUCGUUAAGGUGGACUGUACGGAGAAUGCGAACAUGAAGAAUCCCUACCUGUACAAACAGGUACAGCUGAUACACAACUGCACCUGUACGGCGUGCGACGAACAGUCGACCCAUCGGUCAACGCCCACCAGCAAUACCCGUGACCUGUCGGAUGGUUCACAGGAGCAUCUGAUAGGUUCGGGUGAGCAACUUCACCAUCAUCAGCCACCGUUGGUGUUAGAUAAGGAUCAGGAUAUGCUGUCGGCAGAGCAUCACCAUCAGUCCCACCGUACCUCUUCGCAUGCAAAACACCCCGGAGCCGGUGCGGGAUCGGAAGAAACACCUGCGGACAGUGAUAUGAUCCAGGACGACAUACCGGAGAUACUGGAGGUGGUGCACUAUAGUGAGAAUGACACCGAGCCGAUACGUCACACGCCAGUGCACGAUCUACAAACGCCUAACAGCGGUACGACGUACAUGGAGCAGCAGCAACUCAACCACUACGAACACAACAGCCACACGGACAACGUGAAGAAGCUGCUGCACCAGAAGAUCGUCAAGCUGCUGAGAUCAAUCGAGGAAACGAACUCGCAGUCCGAUCGGGAGCAGCUGAUCGAGAUGAUACGGCUCAUCAAGGGUACGAGUGAUCGUAAUUGGGAUGAGCUGGUCGAGAGCCUGCAGUCGGAAAACUCCAUCCUUAACUUUACACGGCUUCGGUCCGAGCUGGUGGAAGAUGAGCCGUUAAACGUACCGCCAUUCGGUGGAACCGAUGGGGAUAGAGGUGAUGAACCGGUCAAACAACAGCAUCAUGCUGACCAUGGCAGUGCGAAACACGCCUCCACACCAGAGUAUGCAGAUCACCAGCGGUUGAUACAGCACCAGUACGAUACAUUACGCCACCGGCAAAACCAUCUUCAAGAGCAUGGGUCAAAGGAAAAUGCUGCUGAUGAAGCGAAAUCUGCCCAAGAGGGACACAACACACCUGGGGAAUCGGCAACCCCGACGAGGUCACACCAUCAUGCACAUCAUCACCAUAUGGUGGGCGAACGCAUCGAUGCGCAUCAUCAUUUAGCCCGUGGACCGCACGGUGCGUUUGUAAUUCAGUCGGAUCAGGACGAGCUGGAAAUACACCGGAGCAUCCAGAACGGGCACGAGAUAAAAGAAAAGAUCCACAUCCAGGCGCACGAACUGAAACCCAACCAUGUCGGUACGGUUGUAACAUACGACGGGCAUGUACCGGGACCGGCCGCGACUGCGAACGUUGGAUCGUUGAAGGUGGACGGAACGGAGAACCGGGACCAUCACUUCCAAACACCUCAUAUGCAUCCGAGGCAGCAUUCGCAAACCUCCCAUGGUGGCCAUCACGGGCAUCACAAUCACGACCAUCCAAACUCUGACCGUGAACAUCAUGGGUCACAUCAAAGCAAGCUACACGUAGCGGCCAGCGGACCCGCAGGUGAUAUGGAACAGUGA